AUGGCAUCUUUAUCUGCUCCUUCUCUUGACCUUGAUAUCAACGAACCAACUUCAUUUUCAGAAGCUGAAGCAUCUGCUUCUAUGAAUCCUAUUCCUCAAAUCACAAGAAAAAAUGAUUUAGACAAAAGUACCAAAGUCAAUAGAAUUAAUAAAAGUCACACGUCCUACUUUUUAACAAAGACCCCAAGGAUAAUGAU